CCGCGCCCGGAGCCAGCGGCGGCGGCAGCGGCUGAGGCGGCUGCGGGAGCGGAGUGGUCGCCCAGCGCGCGGGGGGACGCGGGCUGCACUCCCGGGCAGGCGCUCUGCAAUGAGACAGUAAAUGCAUCCCCCGAUGCUGGGCUACCUGACUGAUAGCAGGGACUGAGGGAGGGCAGUUCUUGAAGAGUUACCCAGAUCCAGCUGCUUAUCUGCCCCUGGCCAUGGUUUAUGUUGUUGACUGAUUGUGCCAGCUGCUGAGAGGUGGUUUUAUGUAGUGUGAGUAAUUGAAACUUGAUUCUAAGUUUCCCUCUCGUCCCUUCCUGUUGAAUGAACAGUCAACUGUCCUCGAAUUUAUUUUUUGGUGGUACUUUGAAUCAGCCCGCCGUGUGAGAAUUCAGCAAAAACGCAACUGAUGCAAGGCAUCUGCACUGAAUGCUGCAGGAGGCUUCUCAAAUGCUUCAGAAUAUCUUCAGGGAAAUCUGCUGUUAAUAGAAACUGAGAAUUUAAGACAUUCUAAGUGAGACUGUCCACAUCAUCUAGGAAAAUGGUGGCCCUGUCCCUAAAGAUUUGUGUGCGCCACUGCAACGUGGUGAAGACUAUGCAGUUUGAACCAUCUACGGCUGUGUAUGAUGCGUGUCGAGUCAUUCGGGAACGGGUGCCUGAGGCACAAACUGGGCAAGCUUCUGACUAUGGACUGUUUCUUUCGGAUGAAGACCCCAGGAAAGGGAUUUGGCUGGAAGCGGGCAGAACACUGGAUUACUACAUGUUGCGGAAUGGGGAUAUUUUGGAAUAUAAAAAGAAACAGAGACCUCAGAAAAUCCGGAUGCUGGAUGGAUCUGUGAAGACAGUAAUGGUGGAUGAUUCCAAGACUGUGGGGGAGCUGCUGGUCACUAUUUGUAGCAGAAUAGGAAUAACAAAUUAUGAAGAAUACUCCUUAAUCCAAGAAACUAUUGAAGAAAAGAAAGAGGAAGGAACGGGCACACUCAAAAAAGACAGGACACUGUUACGAGAUGAGAGGAAAAUGGAGAAGCUGAAGGCCAAGCUGCACACAGAUGAUGACUUAAAUUGGCUGGAUCACAGCCGAACAUUCAGAGAACAAGGAGUAGAUGAAAACGAAACGUUGCUGCUUAGACGGAAGUUCUUUUACUCUGAUCAGAAUGUAGAUUCGAGAGACCCUGUGCAGCUGAACUUGCUUUAUGUUCAGGCUCGGGAUGACAUCCUGAAUGGCUCUCACCCUGUCUCCUUCGAGAAAGCUUGUGAGUUUGGUGGAUUUCAAGCCCAGAUACAAUUUGGACCUCAUGUGGAACAUAAACACAAACCUGGAUUUUUAGAUCUGAAGGAAUUCCUGCCCAAAGAAUAUAUCAAGCAGAGAGGAGCUGAAAAGAGGAUCUUUCAGGAGCAUAAGAACUGCGGAGAGAUGAGUGAGAUAGAAGCCAAGGUCAAGUACGUCAAACUCGCACGGUCCCUCCGCACAUAUGGCGUGUCCUUCUUCCUGGUGAAGGAAAAGAUGAAAGGCAAGAACAAGCUGGUGCCUCGCCUGCUGGGGAUCACCAAGGACUCGGUGAUGCGUGUGGAUGAGAAGACCAAGGAAGUGCUGCAGGAGUGGCCCCUCACCACCGUCAAGCGCUGGGCAGCCUCACCCAAGAGCUUCACACUGGAUUUUGGGGAGUAUCAGGAAAGCUACUAUUCAGUACAAACCACCGAGGGAGAGCAGAUAUCCCAGCUGAUUGCAGGCUACAUUGACAUCAUCCUGAAAAAGAAACAAAGUAAAGAUCGAUUUGGACUAGAAGGUGAUGAGGAGUCAACCAUGUUAGAAGAGUCCGUUUCCCCAAAAAAGUCUACCAUCUUGCAGCAGCAGUUCAACCGGACCGGGAAGGCAGAGCACGGUUCAGUGGCGCUGCCGGCCGUGAUGCGCUCGGGCUCCAGCGGGCCUGAGACCUUCAACGUUGGCAGCAUGCCCUCGCCACAGCAGCAGGUCAUGGUUGGGCAGAUGCACCGAGGCCAUAUGCCACCACUGACCUCAGCCCAGCAGGCCCUGAUGGGGACCAUCAACACAAGCAUGCACGCCGUCCAGCAGGCCCAGGAUGAUCUCAGUGAGCUCGACUCGCUGCCACCUCUCGGCCAGGAUAUGGCAUCUAGGGUGUGGGUUCAGAACAAAGUCGACGAAUCCAAACACGAAAUCCAUUCUCAAGUUGAUGCUAUCACGGCCGGAACGGCUUCAGUUGUUAACCUCACGGCUGGUGACCCUGCAGACACUGACUACACAGCUGUGGGAUGUGCGAUCACCACUAUUUCUUCCAACCUGACGGAGAUGUCCAAGGGUGUGAAGCUAUUGGCCGCCCUCAUGGAUGAUGAGGUGGGCAGUGGGGAGGACUUGCUUAGAGCUGCCAGGACCCUCGCUGGGGCAGUGUCAGACUUGCUGAAAGCUGUGCAGCCCACUUCUGGAGAGCCUCGACAGACAGUUUUGACUGCUGCUGGCAGCAUCGGACAAGCCAGUGGGGAUCUUCUCAGACAGAUUGGAGAGAAUGAGACCGAUGAACGAUUCCAGGAUGUUUUAAUGAGUUUGGCCAAAGCCGUUGCCAAUGCAGCUGCCAUGUUGGUACUAAAGGCAAAGAAUGUUGCCCAAGUGGCCGAAGACACUGUCCUACAGAACAGGGUAAUUGCUGCUGCCACCCAGUGUGCCCUCUCCACCUCCCAGCUUGUGGCAUGUGCCAAGGUUGUGAGCCCCACUAUUAGCUCCCCUGUGUGCCAGGAGCAGCUGAUUGAAGCAGGGAAGCUGGUGGAUCGCUCGGUGGAGAACUGCGUCCGUGCCUGCCAGGCGGCCACUACUGAUAGUGAGCUCCUGAAGCAGGUCAGCGCGGCGGCCAGCGUGGUCAGCCAGGCCCUGCAUGAUCUCCUGCAGCAUGUGCGGCAGUUUGCCAGCCGAGGCGAGCCCAUCGGCCGCUACGACCAGGCCACUGACACCAUCAUGUGUGUCACCGAGAGCAUCUUCAGCUCCAUGGGUGAUGCUGGUGAAAUGGUGCGCCAGGCGCGGGUCCUGGCCCAAGCCACAUCAGACCUCGUCAAUGCCAUGAGGUCAGAUGCAGAAGCCGAAAUCGACAUGGAGAAUUCGAAAAAGCUCCUGGCAGCAGCAAAACUCUUAGCUGACUCCACUGCUCGCAUGGUGGAAGCUGCAAAGGGGGCUGCAGCCAACCCGGAUAAUGAGGACCAGCAGCAAAGGCUGAGAGAAGCUGCAGAAGGCCUCCGGGUAGCAACCAACGCAGCUGCCCAGAAUGCUAUUAAGAAAAAAAUUGUCAACCGACUGGAGGUUGCAGCCAAGCAGGCCGCAGCGGCAGCUACACAGACCAUCGCCGCCUCCCAGAAUGCAGCUGUUUCCAACAAGAACCCUGCGGCCCAGCAGCAGCUGGUCCAGAGUUGCAAGGCAGUGGCUGAUCACAUCCCUCAGUUGGUCCAGGGAGUGAGGGGGAGCCAAGCUCAAGCUGAAGACCUGAGUGCCCAGCUGGCUCUCAUCAUCUCCAGCCAGAACUUCCUCCAGCCUGGAAGCAAGAUGGUGUCCUCUGCCAAAGCCGCCGUGCCCACUGUGAGUGACCAGGCCGCAGCCAUGCAGCUGAGCCAGUGUGCCAAGAACCUGGCCACCAGCUUGGCAGAACUGCGUACCGCCUCGCAGAAGGCCCAUGAAGCCUGUGGUCCGAUGGAAAUCGAUUCAGCUCUGAAUACGGUGCAGACGCUUAAGAAUGAACUGCAGGAUGCCAAGAUGGCGGCUGUGGAGAGCCAGCUGAAGCCACUUCCAGGGGAAACGCUGGAAAAAUGUGCUCAGGACCUGGGAAGCACAUCCAAGGCAGUGGGCUCCUCCAUGGCGCAGCUGCUGACCUGUGCUGCUCAAGGCAACGAACAUUACACAGGGGUGGCUGCUAGAGAGACGGCCCAAGCUCUAAAAACGCUGGCCCAGGCCGCCCGUGGAGUGGCUGCAUCGACGACCGACCCCGCGGCCGCCCAUGCCAUGUUAGAUUCUGCUCGAGACGUGAUGGAGGGCUCCGCCAUGCUCAUUCAAGAGGCCAAGCAGGCCCUGAUUGCACCUGGAGAUGCAGAGAGUCAACAAAGACUGGCUCAGGUGGCUAAAGCCGUCUCACACUCCUUAAAUAACUGCGUAAAUUGCCUCCCUGGGCAGAAGGAUGUGGACGUGGCCUUGAAGAGCAUCGGGGAGUCCAGCAAGAAGCUGCUUGUGGAUUCGCUACCUCCAAGCACGAAGCCUUUCCAGGAAGCCCAGAGUGAACUGAACCAGGCAGCAGCUGAUCUGAACCAGUCUGCUGGGGAAGUAGUCCAUGCCACCCGGGGCCAGAGUGGAGAGUUGGCUGCAGCCUCUGGAAAGUUCAGUGAUGAUUUUGAUGAAUUCCUCGAUGCUGGCAUUGAGAUGGCUGGCCAAGCUCAGACAAAAGAAGACCAGAUCCAAGUGAUAGGGAACCUCAAGAAUAUCUCGAUGGCAUCCAGCAAGCUGCUGUUAGCUGCCAAGUCUCUCUCUGUAGACCCAGGAGCUCCCAAUGCGAAAAAUCUCCUGGCUGCAGCUGCAAGAGCUGUGACAGAGAGCAUCAAUCAACUCAUCACUCUGUGUACCCAGCAAGCUCCGGGCCAGAAAGAGUGCGAUAAUGCCCUGCGGGAGCUCGAGACUGUGAAGGGGAUGUUGGACAAUCCUAAUGAACCUGUUAGUGACCUCUCUUACUUUGACUGCAUUGAGAGUGUGAUGGAAAACUCCAAGGUUCUUGGUGAAUCGAUGGCAGGGAUUUCACAGAAUGCCAAGACCGGAGACCUCCCUGCCUUUGGGGAAUGUGUGGGGAUUGCAUCCAAGGCUCUCUGUGGGCUGACAGAGGCCGCAGCCCAGGCUGCAUACUUGGUUGGCAUCUCUGAUCCAAACAGCCAGGCAGGCCACCAGGGCCUAGUGGACCCCAUCCAGUUUGCCAGGGCUAACCAGGCCAUCCAGAUGGCAUGCCAGAACUUGGUGGACCCUGGCAGCAGCCCAUCACAGGUCCUGUCAGCCGCCACAAUUGUUGCCAAGCACACGUCAGCCUUGUGCAAUGCCUGCCGCAUUGCCUCAUCCAAGACGGCCAACCCAGUAGCCAAGAGGCACUUUGUCCAGUCAGCCAAGGAAGUCGCCAACAGCACUGCCAACCUGGUGAAGACCAUCAAGGCCCUGGAUGGGGAUUUCUCUGAAGACAACCGCAAUAAGUGUCGCAUCGCCACCGCACCCUUGAUUGAAGCUGUGGAGAACCUGACAGCGUUCGCCUCAAACCCUGAGUUUGUCAGCAUUCCCGCCCAGAUCAGCUCCGAGGGUUCCCAGGCACAGGAACCAAUCCUGGUCUCAGCCAAGACCAUGCUGGAGAGUUCAUCGUACCUCAUUCGCACUGCACGCUCUCUGGCCAUCAACCCUAAAGACCCACCCACCUGGUCUGUACUGGCUGGACAUUCCCAUACAGUGUCCGACUCCAUCAAGAGUCUCAUCACUUCUAUCAGGGACAAGGCCCCUGGACAGAGGGAGUGUGAUUACUCCAUCGAUGGCAUCAACCGGUGCAUCCGGGACAUCGAGCAGGCCUCGCUGGCUGCUGUCAGCCAGAGCCUGGCCACGAGGGACGACAUCUCUGUAGAGGCCCUGCAGGAGCAGCUGACUUCGGUGGUCCAGGAAAUCGGGCACCUUAUCGAUCCCAUCGCCACAGCAGCUCGGGGAGAAGCAGCUCAGCUGGGACAUAAGGUGACACAACUGGCAAGCUAUUUUGAGCCCUUGAUCUUAGCCGCAGUCGGUGUGGCCUCCAAGAUUCUUGAUCAUCAGCAGCAGAUGACGGUGCUGGACCAGACCAAGACUCUCGCAGAGUCUGCCUUGCAGAUGUUGUAUGCAGCCAAAGAAGGUGGCGGAAACCCCAAGGCGCAACACACCCAUGACGCCAUCACAGAGGCUGCCCAGUUGAUGAAGGAAGCCGUGGAUGACAUCAUGGUGACGCUGAACGAAGCUGCCAGUGAAGUGGGGCUGGUUGGGGGCAUGGUGGACGCCAUUGCAGAAGCCAUGAGCAAGCUGGAUGAAGGCACUCCUCCAGAACCAAAGGGAACAUUUGUCGACUAUCAGACGACUGUGGUUAAAUACUCCAAAGCCAUUGCGGUGACAGCUCAGGAAAUGAUGACUAAGUCGGUUACUAACCCGGAGGAGUUGGGAGGACUGGCUUCACAAAUGACCAGUGACUAUGGGCACCUGGCUUUCCAGGGCCAGAUGGCAGCAGCCACGGCGGAACCAGAGGAGAUCGGAUUCCAGAUUCGCACUCGUGUGCAGGACCUGGGCCACGGCUGUAUCUUCCUGGUGCAGAAGGCAGGGGCCCUCCAGGUCUGCCCCACAGACAGCUACACCAAGAGGGAGCUGAUCGAAUGCGCCCGUGCCGUCACGGAGAAGGUCUCCUUGGUGCUCUCGGCUCUCCAGGCCGGGAACAAAGGAACCCAGGCAUGCAUUACAGCCGCCACUGCUGUGUCUGGGAUCAUUGCCGACCUGGACACCACCAUUAUGUUUGCAACAGCGGGGACGCUGAAUGCAGAGAACAGUGAGACCUUCGCAGACCACAGGGAGAAUAUUCUCAAGACAGCCAAGGCAUUGGUAGAAGACACGAAACUACUUGUGUCAGGAGCUGCGUCCACUCCUGACAAGCUGGCCCAGGCGGCCCAGUCCUCAGCAGCCACCAUCACCCAGCUCGCAGAAGUGGUCAAGCUGGGGGCAGCCAGCCUGGGCUCCGACGACCCCGAGACCCAGGUGGUUUUGAUCAAUGCCAUCAAAGAUGUGGCCAAGGCCCUUUCCGAUCUCAUCAGUGCUACCAAGGGAGCUGCCAGCAAGCCAGCGGACGACCCUUCCAUGUACCAGCUCAAGGGGGCCGCCAAGGUGAUGGUGACCAAUGUCACCUCCCUCCUCAAGACUGUAAAGGCGGUGGAGGAUGAGGCCACCCGGGGCACCAGGGCGCUUGAGGCCACAAUUGAAUGCAUAAAGCAGGAGCUUACGGUGUUCCAGUCAAAAGACGUACCUGAAAAGACAUCAUCACCUGAAGAAUCCAUAAGGAUGACGAAAGGCAUCACCAUGGCAACAGCCAAAGCCGUGGCAGCUGGGAACUCGUGUAGACAGGAGGACGUGAUUGCUACUGCCAACCUGAGCCGGAAAGCCGUGUCAGAUAUGUUGACGGCUUGCAAGCAAGCAUCCUUCCACCCUGAUGUCAGUGACGAGGUGAGAACCAGAGCCUUGCGUUUCGGGACGGAGUGCACCCUCGGCUACUUGGACCUCCUGGAGCACGUCUUGGUGAUUCUUCAGAAACCAACCCCAGAACUCAAGCAGCAGCUGGCCGCUUUCUCCAAGCGAGUCGCCGGCGCUGUGACAGAGCUCAUCCAGGCGGCAGAAGCCAUGAAAGGAACAGAGUGGGUGGAUCCAGAAGACCCAACUGUCAUUGCAGAAACAGAGUUACUGGGGGCUGCAGCAUCCAUCGAAGCUGCUGCUAAGAAGUUAGAGCAACUGAAGCCGAGAGCAAAACCAAAACAAGCGGAUGAGACCCUGGACUUUGAGGAACAGAUCUUGGAAGCUGCUAAAUCCAUUGCUGCUGCCACAAGCGCCCUGGUCAAAUCGGCCUCGGCAGCCCAGAGGGAGCUGGUGGCCCAAGGAAAGGUGGGCUCCAUCCCUGCCAAUGCUGCAGACGACGGACAGUGGUCACAGGGGCUGAUUUCUGCUGCCCGGAUGGUGGCGGCUGCGACCAGCAGUCUCUGUGAGGCGGCCAAUGCCUCUGUUCAGGGACAUGCCAGCGAGGAGAAGCUCAUCUCAUCUGCCAAGCAGGUCGCCGCUUCCACGGCUCAGCUGCUGGUGGCCUGCAAGGUGAAGGCCGACCAGGAUUCAGAGGCCAUGAGGCGGCUACAGGUAAUGGUCACUGAUGCUGGUGGGAAAAUACUCCUGUUGGAGCGGGCGGCAGGAAAUGCUGUGAAAAGAGCCUCAGACAAUCUUGUCCGUGCAGCCCAGAAGGCAGCAUUUGGCAAAGCUGAUGAUGACGAUGUUGUAGUGAAAACCAAGUUUGUGGGGGGCAUUGCUCAGAUCAUCGCCGCCCAGGAAGAAAUGCUAAAGAAAGAGCGAGAACUGGAAGAAGCAAGGAAAAAACUGGCCCAAAUCCGCCAGCAGCAGUAUAAGUUUUUACCCACCGAACUGAGGGAAGAUGAGGGCUAAAGGUGCAAGCCCAGAUGGCGAGCCCCAGGGGAUGGCCCUGGCAGAACUGGACAGACAGUGUUCCUGAGAGGCCGGGCACUUACCUGGAAACCGCCCACCUCCCCCCAGGGUGAGCCUGGAGCCCUGCGUGCUUGUUCUCACAUCUCUGUCCCGUCGGCACCGGCUGCAUGAUCGUGAUGUCACACGGUACAAUGUCCUACCCACAACUCCCCUGCCGCCUCCCCUCAUGCCUCACCGUGUCUCAGGAGAGAGGGGUGCACGUUUCGUGGACUGUUACCAACAAAGAAAAGUCAGUAUUAUGUCAUUCUCAGACACUCUGGCUUUUGUUGGUCCUUCUCUUACGCCUGCUCCUGGACCUCUUUGUGAUAUUGUAAUAGGGAAAAAAUCAUUGACGUCAUAGAAUAUUCUCCUUCCUCUCAGGAGAAGACAGAAGCUGGAGUUGGACAUGGUUCAUAAAAGCCAGAAACACAAACCCAUGUGGACUCCGGGAGGGUGACUCAGGUCCUCCUUCCAUGUCUUGAGCACUGGCUCACCCAGGGGGUGAAAAAUUCCCACCCCUGUUUGCACGCUUUCUUGCCUCCGUGUGUAAGCUCCUUGUACAACCUAGACCCAUCUUGUAUUUUGUGGCCCAGAAAACUGAACGAUUAUUUUUUUCCUCCAUAGUCCAAAGGGCAGAGUUGUGGGAGGCCAUCAGGGCUUGGGGAGCAGGGGCUGUAAUAAAAUCUGUGGGCUCCUUACUCUGCAGAGGCUGUUUCAGUUCACACAGAGUCAUCCACACAAAUCCACAGCUCCCAGUUGACAGUCAGUGGACCGCUCGUCUCCUCAGUGUCCAGGGUGGGGAUUCUGCUGGAAUAAAGAGCUUCCUCAGUGACUCAUCUUCAGGUCCCACGCUGGUUUCUAUGCCUUCAGAAUGGUCACAAGCCCAGAUUGGAAAGGAUCUGCUUACAAACCUGUCACCUGUCCUCCAACCCAAGAUGCCUUUUUUUCUGUCUUAAUAUCUAGAAAAUCUAAAUGCAUCCUAAAAUCAAUGUGAACCUUUAACAAGAUAGUUUUACUUAUUAUCACAUAGGUGAAGACAUAAGAUUUUUUCAGAGUUCAUUUUCUGGAUGUCACACUUCCAGAAUUUCCUAUUUUUCCCCUCUUUUCUUUUCAGAGCCCUCCCAUGGGAAGGGAAGGGCUUGAAUUUACCCUUAAUCUGCACCUUUAGCCAAGACAGUGCAUGGAAGAUGAAUGGCUUGUGGGACAGAGUCUAAUGCCAGGGAGCAACAGUGUUUGAAAGAAUUCAUAGUGGGGGAGAUUGGUAACAGUUAAAGGCACUCACCCUCCGCCUCUCUCUCUGUCUCUCUGCUGUGCUGUCAUGUCUCGGACUCCAUCCACAUUACAAUUUCAAAGUUCCACCGACGGGGGCAAGUUGGUGCUUUGGUCCUCCAAAGAUGUCACCUUUCGACCUUGCCUGAUGAUCUUGUUUCACCAGACUCUAGCCCAAGUCAUGGUUUUAAAAUAUAUAAACUUCUGACAGCUUCCCAUAUUUAUAAGUUACUUGUAAGUGCUGCAUGUAUUAGAAUUUUUUUUUCAGACCAGUAAAGUUAGAGAAAAGACGCUGUAAAGGAAAAGCAAGUGAGAGAGUGUGUAGGACACUGACAGUGUGUGGGCACCAGUUCUGAAGAGGAGGGGAGCUGCUGGAGCCCUAGCCUGUUGGGGAAAAGCUGGCACACUCUUGGCUUGCCCCCUUUGAGUGGAUCUGAUCCAACACCUCAUGCCUGCCCUGGCUGGACACUGAGAGGAGGGGCGCACGUGCUUCCAGAGACACUCAGGAGUCAGACCCCAAUGCUCAUAGUCACAAUGUGUUAAUGGUCUCCCGUAACAGGACUCUGGGGAGCCUCUCUGUGGCCCAGCCCACCCCACCCUCUGCUCUGCUAUGCUGUGCCCAGGGCAGCUGCCCUCUUCUGCCUGUCUCCCAUCCCAUCCUGGAAACCCAGGACCAAGGCAGGGGCAGGCAGCGAGUUCUUCCACCUUGCCUCAGAGGCAUUUAAAACCUUUACUGCAUGUGAUACCAGAAAAACCUCCAGAGACAAACCAAAUGCAAAGGCCUGUCCUUUAUAACUCUAAGGAACAGGCAUCAAAAGUUUAUUUUUGUAGGAGCUAUAUAAAUACUCACCUUUCUGGAGUCGUCCAGUGCUGGGAGCUUUGGGGAGUUUGGUUCUCGGUUAUCACCUGGUGUGGUCCCAGUUUCUCAUCUAUCCUUUCCUCAUCCACCCUGCACACGUGUAUGUGAACGGUCUCGUGGCGGGCAUGGUGGUUUCUCAUUUCAUAAGAUGGUUGAAGGGCCAUGCCUUAGUCCGGGUGUUAUUUAAUAGGCACUACUGGCGGUGUCCUCAGAUGGCACUGAGGGGGCCUUCUGGUCCUUCAAAGGAAAAUGACACAGGCAUGAGUUCAUUUGGGAGUGUGAACUUUCAGAACACCUAAUAAGAGAGUGGUAUCAGAGUAAAAAUGGCCCCAGGUCUGGAGCAUAGAAGUGUAUCUCUGUGAAGAGGGAGCAGGUGUGUCGCUAUGUGUUUCUUCUCACACCCCUCUACUCCUUGAGGGCUUUGAAUCCUUGGGCUGAUUUUUGUGUCAGAAAUUGCUAUUCCUGAUGGCCACAAGGGGACCCUGAACUGGAUUUCAGAACUGCCCAGUGAUUUGAAAAUUUAGGGUUCUGCCUUUCAGAAGUCUUUAGAUAGGGAUGCUAAGGUCAUACUUAGUUAAAUGGACAGCCCUUGUUUAAAUUUUGCCAGUGUCCAGCCAGUUGUGGCCCUGGCCAUCUGUGCAGGCAGGUUCCUCAAUUCCUGGUUGGCCCUGCAGUUGGUCAACGCAGUCCCUCCAGGUCGGCCGCAGAGGCAGCUGCCCAGCCUGCAGUCUAUGCAUGGGCCUUAAGAAGUGAGCUGCCUGUACCCUCACGGCAUAUGCUUUUAUCAGGGAAAACCCUUUGAGCUUCUCCUGAGUCUCACCUGCUUGCUUUCUGGCUGUCUUAGUGCGUUUACAGGCAACUAAAGCCUGUUCCUAAUUUAUCAAAAAAUUAUAACCAAAAUUCACCAUAGCCUAAGAGAGUAAACCCUACCUACAAAGUGAUGCCAAGGCCAAAACCUCAUGAAGGAGCCAGACACAGGUCAAAAGUGGUGAGCAAGCCAUGGUCUGUGCUCCUGGGGAACUCACACGCUGCUCCCCGAGGAGCCUUGGUUUCCUCCCUGGCAGAUAGUCCCCAGAAUCUUCUCUCCCAGCUUUGAGGAUCUGGGUCUGGAAAGGCCUCUGGGAUUCUGGCCUUAAGAUCCCAGCACAGACUAACAGACUAUCAGCAUGUUCCAUUCUCAGAUUCCUGAAGGAAAGGUACCCUCUGUUGACCAAGGGGCUGGCUGCUUCUGAGACUUACCAAGCCCAAGAAAUUUGGAGACAUUCCCCUCAGGCUAAAAGGCAGUGGUCCCCAGAGUUCAGAAAGCAAAAGAUCUUGACAACUGUGCCAGUAGUGGCUCUGGUGCUAUCUCUCCACAGUGCUGGCCUCUGCUGGGGAAGGCAUCUUUCGCAAAGGUAUCCCCAAGUACCAUGUUGAAAAUGUCCUCAGUCUGUUGCUCCAUCUUUCUGAGCCUGUGCUUGGUAUGUUAUGUUAAUGGUCAUUACGGAUGAGCGUGUGCAGAGUUUUGGUUGAUUUUUUUCAAUGCUACAAAGAAGAGCUAUUUCUUUUCAAUAACAAGAUUUGGAUUCGGCCUCUUCCUCUGAGCCCACCUCCCAGCCCUCCAGGGAGCACCAAUGUACCUGAGUCACUUUGUCCGUGUCUCUUCGUCCCACAAAACACGAGGCUGAGUCUCAUUCAGCUGCCUCUCACCAGCCUUCAAGAUCCAGAAGAAAACAGGAACGUUCAGCUCUGCCCUGUGUCAUGUCUAAUCCCAUACAUUAAUUUAUCUAACCACAUAAGUUAUUUUUUUUUAUUUGCCAGAAAUAAACCUUUAAAGGAACAAA